AUGAAAUUCUCUUCGAAAGUCGUUUUGGCAAUCCUUGCCGCUUGUGUCUCACACUCCAAUGGUUAUGUUGAGGUUCCAGGUACUAACCAUUUGGGAGGUGCUUAUUGCAAAAAUGCCGACACCGAGGGCGAGGGUAGCGAUCCAUUCUCUCAUGACCUUGCCGAAGUGAACGAUCAAACCCCGUUUUCGUGCGAUGAGAUUUGCCGAACCAACAACGAAUUGGGUGGAUUGCGAGGAUUUGACAUUAGUGAUGGAGGUAUUUGUGCUUGCCACUACGACGAUGGGACAAGUCCUGCAGGUUGCCCGGCUCCCUUUGAUAUUUGUACGACCAGUUAUACAGGCACCGGCGAACUUGCAUUGGAUAAUGUCGGUACCGGCUUUGAAUGUUACGUAUACACUACUUUUCCUGUUCCUGCUUCAUUCACAACCGAAAGCACUGGCGACCCUCAUUUCCGCACCUGGAAGAACGAGCACUUUGAGUUUCACGGACAGUGCGAUCUUGUCAUGACCAAGGUCAAAAACUUUGCCAACAAGGAAGGCAUGGACCUCGAGAUCCACCUCCGUACGAACAUGGUUCGGUACUGGAGCUACAUUACGACUGCCGCCAUUCGCAUCGGCAAUGAUAUCCUCGAAGUCCAAGGAUCAGCUGCCAAGGAAGACGGCAUCGACAAGCGUCACUACCACAUCAACUUUGAACACCUUGGACCUUUGACUCACCUUGGUGGCUACCCAGUCACCAUCAGCCCUCGCAACAACAAGUAUACCAUCGACCUUGACAAAGAUUAUCCCGGUCAAAGCAUCGAGAUCAAGACCUUCAAGGAGUUUGUGGGUGUCAAGAUCAUUGGUGCCACCGAGGAGUCCUUUGGAAAUGCCAUUGGUAUCACUGGUGAUUUUAACACUGGAAACACCUAUGCCCGUGAUGGCAGUACCGUCUUGCAUGAUUUCAAUGAGCUCGGCCUCGAGUGGCAAGUCUUGCCAUCCGAUGGCAAGUUGUUUCAUGAGAUCGCCAAGCCUCAGUUCCCAGAGUUGUGCUACCUUCCGGAAGACCCCCGCGGCGAACGUGCUCGUCGCUUGGCCGAGUCGGAUAUCACCGAAGAAGCUGCCGAAGUCGCUUGUGCCAGCCUCAAAGAUGACUUUGAUCGCAAGGGGUGCGUCUAUGAUAUCUUGGCCACCCAAGAUAUGGACAUGGUCGGUGCCUACUAG